AGUUCAGAUUAUAGAAAGAACGCCCAGUAGGUUUCAAGUAAGUAAAUUCUAGUUUCUUAGUGUCGCGCUUACAGAGCGACAGCAAGAGAGACAAGAUGGGUAUCUUGCGCUCCGAGACUAUGGCACCCGGAGUCUUGGUACUCCCGGCAGAGAGGGCGCCGAACUUCGUCAAUAUUUUAGGAAAAGACACGCAAAUUCAAUUUGCCGACAUGAAGGGAAGCCAAGUGAACGCUGUGCGCCCCUACAAAAAGUAUAUCCAGCGCCUGGACGAGUGCGAGCGCAUUCUGAGGUGAAAUCGAUAAUGUAUGCACGUUGACUCUAGUACUCAUGUUCAAACAAGGGAUCUAUAGUAAGUGCUUUCGAAAGAACGGCUAAAGUUCAUGCAGUGUAGCAUCAAUUUGUCAACUCUUAGUCGCUCCCUCAAACUUCCUACCUGACACAGGUUUCUGCAUGUCGAGGUGAACAAAUUCGGAUUUAUGUACUUCAAGAACUGCGUGGACGGUUUUCUCGACGAGUCCGACAACUACAAGAUGGAUGCCGUGGAGAGCGACUUGAAAACUGUCUAUAAACAAUUUGUGGACUUCAAAGCCAACAAUGCUGCUUUGAUUACUGGUAAGUUAAAUUGUGAUAUUACACCUAAUGCGUCUGGUUGUUGGUACAAAGAUUGCUUUGUUUGCACCUGUUUUUCAUAACGGAUUGCGGUAAAAUCAAACGAAUUGGAGUCUACGCUCUUCCCGAACUGUUAAAGGAUGAGAAGUCUUUUUUGGCUUGUUGCGAUUGAUAUCAUGCUUCCACCUUUCGUAACCAACAGAACGCAACCAAGCUAUCGAGGAAAAAUGGGUUGUGGAGACCUCGUUGAGCACCUUUGGUUCGGUUGUCCGCACUGGCGCAAACACGGACCAAUUGCUUGAUGGCUCGAAAAUUGAAGGCGGUAAGAUUUUUGUUCGCUUAAUGUGCACAAACGUCGAGAAAUAUGGUAGAUACUGGCAUCACCCGGGCUAGGAAUACUUAACGACGCCCCUAUGGCAGUCUGCACUGACCUCUGUGCGAGAUUUAUUGUAUUGUAUUGAAGUGCUAAGCAGCGUGAUCGUUGAGAUACUGAAACACGUUGUCCUUGCUCAGUUUGUAUUUCUAAACAUUUUUUUAGGAAAGGUAUGACGUUCUCGAACAUUGCGGGCACAAUUAACGAGGAGGACCAGCAGCGAUUCGCACGCUUUCUCUUCCGCAUGUCCCGUGGAAACUCGUUCACCAAUUUUACGCCCAUUAGCGAACCCAUUGUGGACCCGAAGACCGGAAAGGAAGUCAAGAAGAGCGUUUUCGUUGUCUUCUUCCAAGACGUCAAGGGCGUUGGUGAGGGCGUCCUCUACAACAAAAUCCUCAAGGCCUGUGCGCAAUUCGGAGUCAACAACUACGAGUGGCCCUGUACUAAAAAUAUAAAAUGGAUCAUGAUUUAGUGUCUUUUUGAUAGCCUAAUCUACUGCUUUUGUGUUUUACUAAACAAUCAAGUCACGCCUCUUUCUGUGUGCGUAUUUAGUUUGCGAAAUACAUUUGUUGAUGUAAGCCUCUGUCUUACUCGCAGUACUGCGUUCUCUUGUAAUUUUGUCACUCUCUUCCAAAACACAGUUUCCGGCCAAGACGCUCGUUCGCGGUUGGCCGUCCUGACGCAGCUUGUUGCCGAUAAGAAGAAGGCGCAGGAGGCCUACGAGGGCUUCAUCGUGUCUGAGAGUGCGCGACUCCUCUCCCAGACUCGCAGUGGCAACUCCCUUAUCGAGGAUUGGCGUCUUUUCGCUAUCAAGGAGAAGAGUAUCUACGCAAUCCUCAACCAGUGCGACGGCGAGACCACCAUGCGUAUCAACGUCUGGUAUCCGGAAUCCGAUGAGGAAAGUACUACGGCAAUGCACUACACAAAUGUCUGACAAGAGUGGAUGCUUCAAGGAGUAAAUGAAGGAACAUAUUUUACAACCUACCUUUUGGUGAAAUGAUGAACCCUGCAACUAGGUAUUCGAUCUAUUUUGGUCAAGCAUAGCAGUGCUGAUGGUGCCGCCUACCUCAUCUCCGACGCCACUCGAAGUAUGAAAAACGCACCGACGUACUUCAGAACGAACGAAUUCUUGGCGCCCUUCCAAGACCUAGUGAACACCUACGGUGUCCCGAGAUAUAAAGAGGCGUCCCCGGUGCCGUUUGUAUGGCCGAAACUUUGAAAUUUGUUGAGGUGUGACCAGGUUUUUUGAGUAAGUGGUUGCUCUUAAUUCCUGGGGAUGCUGUGCAGUGAUACUUGCUAGUGCUGCUACAGCUUAUAUCUUCUCGUCGAGUAUCGUAUAAAGUUAAUUCUACUCACCUUUUCCUGCCUCUUCCUUUCAUUCUGAACCGCGGUGACGUUUCCCUUUAUUUUCGGUAUCAUGUAUGGCGACGUGGGUCACGGAACGCUUAUGUUCUGCUUUGCGUGCUGGUGCAUCCUGAACGCGGCGUCGCUCAAGUAUUCACAGCCCGGAUUGUACUCAGCGCGGUAUAUGCUCCUCCUCAUGAGCAUUUUCGCUGUAUACGCUGGUAUCAUGUACAACGACUUUGUGUCGCUUGGUAUGAAUCUCUUCGGCACACGAUGGGCGACCGACGCAGCCGAAACGGACCCAAUCCAGAACUACUACCCGCUCUACGACGUAAAGAACCAGGGCGGACCAGGACCAGUUCCAAUUGGUAAAUAUGUUCACCUUUUAUCUUCCUCAAAUACUUUUUGAGUUUAGCGUUUGUUCGUUAUCAUGAGUCGGCCUUGUUCUUGUCAACUAGGACAGGGCAAAUAAUCAUGUGAUUGCCCCGUGGAAUAAAGGUAUUGAUCCGGCAUGGGCGGGUGCGCAGAACGAGUUGCUGUUUAUGAACAGUUUGAAGAUGAAGAUGGCAGUGCUCUUCGGUGUAUCACAGAUGCUUGUAGGUGUCCUUCUCAAGUGGGCCAACGCGAUUAGCGAGCGAUCAGUCGUCGACUUGUGCUGUGAAUGCAUUCCCAUGCUCAUCUUCAUGGUCUGCUUCUUCGGAUACAUGGACUUCAUGAUCAUGUACAAGGUAACAAACUGUUAAACCUAGCUUUCUAUUGUUGCUCUUGCUUUACCUCGAGACGAAGAGUGUGAAGAACAUUAUUGUCAUAACUCGGACCGUGAAUGUCAAGUUGUACGCAACUAGGAGAUCUUUGAUAUACACCCUAUUUAUUUAUAAAUGUUUUAGCUUGUUCAAACUGCUUUUGCAAUCAAUAUUUUUGUGGGCCGCUGGUGUUAACCCUCUCAAUCCCUUUCUUGAAAACAGUGGGUGACUCCGCUCGACAACCCGCCAAGUCUGAUCAACAGUUUGAUCUCUAUGGCCAUGAAGCAGCCGGACAAAGCUCCACUCUGGGAUGGUGCCAUCGCUGUCGAAAGCACCCUCUUCGGCCUUACCCUUUUGUCCGUCCCGUGGUUGCUCUUCCCGAAGAUCGUCGUUCUCUACAUUAUGAAAAAGAUUUUUGGAUUAGUGGUUUGAUCUUUUACCAGCUGAGUCGUAAUAAGCGGCCAACAGAUAUGUAAAGUUCAUACCUUUUCCUUUUGUUUUGCCGGUGACGAACUAGAAGUCAAAUGUUUUUCCUUGUCCUUUUCCUUCUUCAUACCUAUCCAGUCAAAAGGACAUGAGGAACACGCCCACCUGCCAGACAAGGCCGGAACCCACGAGGAAGUUGAGGAACACCCGCCAUUCGCUGAGGAGGCCAUUGAGCAGAUUAUCUUCACCAUCGAGUACGUCCUUGGUACAGUCUCACACACAGCCUCCUACUUGCGUAUGUGGGCACUUUCAUUGGCGCAUCAGCAACUUUCUUUAUGAAGCAAUGACUGGAACAAAAGAAGAUAUAUCUAUUUGGAUUGAAUUGGUUACUUAAAAGUCGUCAGAGAAAUCCCAGGCACAUCGCCGAAUAGAUGCAAGCCACCAAUCCGUUACUUAGAGAAAAAGUUUCUUAGGAAAUAGGCCAUCCUACCUAGUAGGCUGUCCCACCAGCAAUUGUUUUCUCUUUCAUACUCCCUCGUCUUCUUCCAGAAGACUUUAGCUGGUGCUAUCGGCAGCGGAAACCCAGUCUUCGUCUUCCUCGGCUUUGCGGUUUGGCUUAUGGUUACAUUCGCAGUGCUUUUGUGCAUGGACUCGUUAGAGUGCUUCCUGCACACUUUGCGUCUUCACUGGGUCGAGUUCCAAUCCAAAUUCUUCCACGCUGACGGCACUCUCUUCGCUCCGUACAACCACAAGAUGCUCCUGUCGCUCGACACAAGCUCGUAAGAGGGGGCUGCUUGUAGACGAAGUAGCAGUUGUUUCAGGAAAGCCAGUAGUAAAAGAAGAUGCGUUACAACUAGGGAGGAAGUUGAUUACGAGUUUCAUUGGUGGGGACGACGAAGAAGUGGGACUAGGAUUGCUCUGCAUCAGCGUAGGGAAUGUGUCGGGGAAAAAAAGUACAUGACAAUGUUUCUCUUGCAGGGAAAGACGGGCGCAUUGCCACCGACACCAUUAAACAUGAGCAUGCUCGGGGAACAUCAGCACACGAGGAAACUACUUUUUUUCGAUUUCAUCAUCCUCUUCUUCUGGGAAGAAAAGGAGCAGCGGGUUCUAUAGUCGGGAGCACUCGGUUUUAGUGGGUGAAUGCCUGUAAUACCAUACUACUGAAUGGUGAGAUUCUUUCAGGGGUUUCGUUCCUAGGUGCGGCCUUCAUGUGAAUGCUUUGGAAAUAUUGUCGUCGCACCAAGGGACGGGAUAUAUGCUUGGAUGUGUAUUCGCAAUUAUUUCUUCUUUCCGUAUCAACACCGUCAUUCGACGGGCGUUCCCUUUAACAAUGUUGGCGUCCGUUGAAGCUGACACAUCAUUCUACUAGAUAAACUCCAUCGAUAUGAAUCAACGUCUUCAUGAAUAUCACAGAUGCAGAUCUCUCUUCUGAUGUCCGGACGCACAAAGGACACAAUUCAUGUCUUAGAUAUAUAUUUCUUCACUUUUCACUAACACUAUUCCAAUAUUAUUGCCUGACUUAUCCACGAUUCAAAUUUAAACGAUACGAAUUACUACGUGGUCUUGGUUUAGCAGGUUACGAGUCAUUGUUUUAUCGGAGGCUUACGGGGCGCAGCGGCCAGCUGUAAUCUCCUGGUUCUUGGGCCGCUGCUGCCAAGUAAGUCAUUUGCGUCGCGGAAUUUGGCGAUUUAAUAUUCCGACGCUGUAGUGAAGAAUUGUCAGAGAAUACGGUCACGAACAACUCAGACUCAGUAUCACUGGUUGCGAGAGUCUUAGGUGACCCUUUUCAAACAAUUUUUAGAGAAAUUCUUGAUAUACAGGACGUGUGGAGGGUUCUUGAAGAAAACAUUUCGUAUCCUAAAAGCAUCUUAGCGUGGCUUUGUGUUCCCGUGGAUGACCGGAAAGAAGGAG